UUGUUUUGAUCCAAUCUAUGGCUGCAACUACGGCAGGGAGCCAUGGGGAGCAGAUACCGCCAGGAAAGGCCAUGACAACGGAGCAACACAUACUGGAUAAAGGUGCUCAAAUGCUGCAGUCUUUGAAACCAAUUAAGCAAAUGAAUCAACAUGUUUGCACUUUUGCACUCUACAAUCAUGACAUGAAUCGACAAAUUGAAACUCAUCAUUAUGUCACACGACUCAAUCAGGAUUUCCUCCAAUGUGCUGUUUACGAUUCUGAUCAUUCCACCUCCCGACUUAUCGGAGUUGAGUAUAUAGUAUCUGAUCGUAUCUUUGAAACCUUACCUAAAGAAGAACAGAAACUUUGGCACUCUCAUGCUUACGAGGUAAAAUCAGGACUGUGGGUGAAUCCUAGAGUUCCAGAGAUGGUAGUGAAAAAAGAUCUUGAGAAUUUUGCAAAAACGUAUGGAAAAUUCUGGUGCACAUGGCAAACAGAUAGAGGCGAUAAGCUACCAGUUGGGCCACCAUCACUGAUGAUGUCUCCACAGGCGGUGAAUUUGGGGAUGGUGAAGCCAGAGCUAAUCCAGAAGAGAGAUGACAGGUACAAUAUGUCGACUGAUGCAAUCAAGAGAACGAGGCUGGAGAUAGCGGAGCCAGAGUGGAUUAAUCCUGAGGCGGAUUACUGGAAACAGCACGGCAAAUGCUUUGAGAUCCAUGUUGAGGAUGUAGAAAUGAAGAAGAUAGCUCCUUUCCCAUAG